AUGGCCACAGGGACCUCCGUCUUGUCUACGUUCUCCAAAGAGGAACUACGCGACAUCUUCAAUCCCGUUCUUCGGCGACUUCGAACACUACUGAAUAACUACGAACACUGGCCUCAGGAUGACGACUGGCCUCAGAAGGUUCGACGGGCGGUUAUGGGUCUUGUGACCAUUUGCAACAAAAUUCCGCCAUCGUGUUCCCUCUACGCCGGCCACUCCGUCAAAGCUCUGUUCGACCUCAUCCCUACGAAACCCGAAUGGCGCCAGCCCGGCACUCCCAUCGACCCAUCUUUCUUGAAGAACGUCAAAAAAGACCCGCCCACGCACCUUGACUCGUUCGAUGAGAACAACCCCCGCACUUACAUCGAUGAGACCCUCCAAUUUAUCGCACAAUGGCGGAUACCUUCGCAUUCACCGCUCCCAACCGCCAACCAAUCAGCGAAACCCACGGAGUCAAAGCAGCCCAUUAAUGUCAACGAGAAGGGCAAGGAGAAGGCGCUAGAGAAUGAGGAGAGUGGGAAGGGGCAGGAAAGGGUGAAUCAGGGAUCAGGCAGUGAAGAGGAAGAAGACGGCGACGCGGAGGAGGAAGAUGAGGACGAGGAGCAGGAGGAUGAGUUGAACGACAACGAGAACGGCGAUGGGGCUCAAGCGCAAGAAGAGAAGGAUACUACAGCCAUUAGACGGUCCCCGCGCAAACGAGGUUCCGCCCGACCUGGCAAUGUCUCUGGUUCCGGCUCCACAUUCGUGCUCUGCGACCGGUGCUUGAAAGCGAAGGCCUUGGCCGAACAUUCGAAAGCUCUGGGCAAGAAAUUCGACACAGCUAACUUGGAUCCGCAGUGUACUGCUCCGGGCAGUGGUAGCUGUCCUCGAUGUGCCAACGGAAAAAAGAAAUGCGAACGAUUGCUUGCCGGCGACACUAUCAAGGCCCUCGCUAUUGCCUUGAAGCGCGGCCGCCAACGGAAGGACGCUGCAGCUGUCGAUGACGGGGCCGUGAACCAAGAGUCAUCAACCGCCAGAAAGUCUGUUAAGCGCAAGAGCGCUGCUUACAUUGAAGACUCCGACAUUGACGAUAGUGCCGCCGCCGCCGCCGCCCCUUUAGACAAGCCGCCCACUGCUAAAAAACCGCGCACCCAGAACGUGAAGUCCAAGCCCGCUCCCGAUGCAGAAAGUUCAAAGGCGGGAGGAAAGCCCAAGCUAUCCUCAAAGAAGGGGGCCAGAACAUCGAAGGCGACACCACCUGCCGAGCCUGUGCAAUUACUAGCAAUUCGUUCCUCUUCUACGGCCGCCUCCCUCGCUGGUCCCUCAACAACCAACUUUGCCUACGCCGGUACCAAAGAAUUCGGUCCAUUAUUCCAUCCCAAAAGUGGCCAGCAUAUGGUUUUGACUAACAUUCCAUCGAUCCCAGCACCCGCCGACUCCACAGUACUCCCCGCCUACCAGACUGAGUUGCCAACUGGUGACGUCGCAGCCGACCUUGCCAAUUGCGCGAGCAAGCAGGACGUUCUCGAUGGGCGGUUGACACAGGCGGAGUCUGGCAUUCGCGGUCUGACAUCCGCCGUGAAUAAGUUGGAAACGGCCUCUCGUACCCCGAUGGUGCCUCGUGCGGAAUUCGACGACCUGCGCAGGAAGGUAGCCGUUAUGGAGAAGGAUUUCAACGAACGUGAAGCUCGACUCUCGACUACGGUUGACAACACCCUUGCAUUGGUCGGUACAUUCGAAGAACGAAUGAAAGCGUAUGAGGCUAGGAUGGAAGUGUUGGAGGAGAGGUUUGAGGAGCUGAGCAGCAAAGUGGACGGUGCAACGAAGCAUUCCGUCAACGAGGGCGUCGCUGAACUCAGCGCCAAGAUAGAGGCCGCCGAGAAAAAUUCAGCCAACGCCUUAAGCAAGACGGGAACCCUUCAGGGAGACGUGGACAAGUUCCGGCGCGACAUGAAAGGCCUUUACGUUGCGCAGGAUGAUAUCCGGGGACUCUUGGGUAGGAUGUCGGAUGCCGAACAUGAGCUCGGUGGCCUAGCCAAACGGUGCUAUGACCUGGAGGCCGAUAGUGGGGAGAUCUGGGAGAGGCUCACAAACUCCGUUAACCAAAACACAUUGGUGGCAGUGCUUGACAGAAUUCGACAGCCUCAAGGUGCCGGCGAAACUGGUAGGCUCAUGGACAGAGGAACCAGUCCCAACCCCGCCUCGCCGCCCCGAACCUUCAUGGACAGAGCCGCCAGUCCCAAUCCCGCCCCGCUCCCGCCGACUUUCGUUGAAAGGGAGACAAGUCCGAUCCCCGCCCUCAUUCGGGGAAGUUCCGCCCCAGUCCCCGCCCCUUUUGUGUCCCGCCCUCUAACCAAGACCGCCCCGCCUCCGCGUCCCGCUCCGAUUGAAAUUCAUCCCGGACUGUCCGCCUCAGUUGGUCCCACAAGCAGAGUCCAUCAUCCGCCGCCGUAUCCCGCUGAUUUAGAAAUUCCCCCCGACUCACCGUUGUCCCCCCCUCCCGAAGAGAUUCCCCAGGGCAGUCCAAUAGCAGGUACUCAGCAAAAGGCAGGUGCGAAAGGCCCCCCCACCCGGCGGUCUAAGCGUUCAAAAAAGUCUUAG